UCGUGAAUGCAAAACUUAUGAUUUUAUUAAAGAUCUCAUUUUAUUCAAGCGGACACUAAAUCACUCAAUUAGUUAACAAAAUGUUGAUUCGGUUGAAAAAUGUUAAGAUAAGUAAACAAGGUUUAUUUAAGACUUCCAAAAACAAGCUUUAAAUUUUCUAACCAUCUAAUUACAGGUUAGACCAAGAUGUCAGAAGAGUCAGCGCAAACUCCACAGGAGGCGCAAGAGGCAGUAGAGCAAGUGACAGAGGAGGUGAAGGACAUCAAGUUAGAGAAUGGAGCACCUCCAGCCAACGGAACGCCGCCCAAGGGCGAAGACAAUUCUGUGCCAUUGAAGGAUGCAUUUAAAGCAUUCUCCAAGUUUGGAGAUCCGAAAUCUGACGGAAAGCAUAUAACAUUAUCGCAAAGCGACAAAUGGAUGAAACAAGCCAAGGUGAUAGAUGGAAAGAAAAUAACGACAACGGACACUGCCAUUCAUUUUAAAAAAUUGAAAUCCUUGAAAGUUGGCAUUGAAGAUUAUCAAAAAUUCCUCGAUGAUCUAGCAAAGAGCAAGAAGAUGGAAUUGGAGGAUAUAAAGAGAAAACUAACAACGUGUGGACAACCGGGUAUUUCAAGUCACGUAACAAAAUCACCAGCUGCUGCGGCCGCUGUAGAUCGUCUUACUGAUACCAGCAAAUACACAGGGUCCCAUAAACAAAGGUUCGACGAAACGGGCAAAGGUAAAGGUAUCGCUGGCAGAAAAGACCUCGUCGACGGUUCAGGUUACGUCACCGGCUACCAACACAAGGAUAGUUACAACAAAACUCAUUAGUGCGAUCGUACACUUCUA